AUGGAUAAAGUGACGGCUGUUCUUCCUUCUCAAAACGUUUCCAUUGCGAGUUGGAAAAUUUCGGAUGAAUUGUUCAUAGCAGAUCCAUCGUUUAACGAGAGUCAACCGAUAGAUAUGGUUCUAGGCGCAAGACAUUUCUACUCCUUCUUCCCCAGCAAUGAGCGCAUCCAGCUUGACAGAAACCUUCCACUUCUGGUCAACAGCGUCUUCGGUUGGAUCGUUGCUGGUUCGACGAAUGAUAGCUCAGUCACGCACACAUCUGCACCAUUUAUCUCGUGCAAUGCGGUCGAAGAUUCGAUGAUGUCGUUGGAGGAAAGCAUGGAGAGGUUUUGGAAAACCGAAGAGUUGACAACCAAGGACAAUUACUCAGUGGAAGAACGGCGCUGUGAAUCCAUGUAUCAGUCCACCGUUUCACGAAAUGUUGAUGGUCGAUAUGUAGUUCGGUAUCCUCGAAAGUCCGACUUCGAUGUGUUGCUCGGAAAAUCUCGGGACAACGCCCAGCAAAGGUUCGAGUACCUGGAAAGACGCUUGGAACGAAACCCAAAAUUGAAGAAUUAA